AUGACCGGAGAAGUUAGUCUCGAUCAAGUAAUUGAUUAUCUCAAGAAGAUAUUCUCUCCAAAUGUAUCCAAUGUGGAGCGUAAUCACUAUUACCAAGUUACAGAGUCCUACAAGGACCAUUUAUUUAAGCUUGAAGAUCUUAAUACGCUCUGUUCUUCUGAUCAAGAGCCACCUGUAGUUAUAUUUGGCUUAAAUUGUCUCGAACAUAAAGUGAAACGAACAUGGGCAAAUUUAUCUUCUGAAGAGAAACAGGCUGUUCGACAAUGUGUCUGCUGCUUCGUAACUAACUUUGAAAAUAUGGUUUGUCGCAAUAGCGAAGGUAACGCUGUAUGCUUGGUAAUUGCUCAAAUAAUGGUGCAUUUAAUUAAAUGUGAAUGGCCUCAGCAGUGGCCUAAUAUGGUUCCGGAACUUAUUUCCCUUGGACAAGCUGGGAAUCUCCAAGCUCUUGUUGUGUUCGACAUAUUCCGUCGUCUUUCGGAGGAUAUUCUCUUCUUUCAAGAUGUUCCACUUAAACGACGUCGUGAAUUGAGCACUGCACUAGCGGAUAACCUUCAACAAAUCUCCAAUUUCACUCUUGAUUGCAUUUAUUCUGCCGUAAAGUUGCAUUCCUCUCAGAAUAGAGACUUCGAUGAUGAUACUACUCGGUGUCUGCGUUCCGGCCUCUUUUUGCUCACAGCUCUUUAUGAGUGGUGCCAUCUCAAGCCCCUCUUUGAAUGGAAUCCAUCUGAUCAAAUGACACCUAAUUCUUUCAAAAUCUCUCCUUCCAUUAGCCUUUUUCUCUUUCUUCUUCGCCUGCCAAAUUUACGAACUGCCACUGCAGAGUUUUUGAUCGUUUUACUGACCAAAAAGCAGCCCAUCACAGGCGGGAAUAAAGCAAAUGAUUCGGUUCCAGCUUAUCAGCGUUUCUAUUCAGCUAAUGGUGAAAAUCCUAUCGAAACAAUUCUUGAAAUCUCUCAAGCUGCCUUUGCCACCUCAGAUUUUGAAGAACCACUUUGCAUUUUUAUGCAUCGCUGGAGUGAAUUCAUAUCUCGACUUGGUGUUCUUGUAGUGGAGGACUGGAAAAAAUUUGAAAUUAAUGGAAGGCAAUCUUUGCAAGCCUUUGACCUUCUUAUUCAAGCGAAUGUGCUUGCAAUUAGUCAUCCAUCUAGGCUAUUUAUCAACCAAGCUCGUGGGUUUUUCAAAUCAAUUCUUUCUUCUUCGGAAUCUUCAGUCAUUACGUUGCUUGCUAAACAUAUGCCGAAACUUUUACUCAUUUGGAUGGAUUGUAUGGUUCUGGAACCGUUUCCAAGUUCAAACUACCCAUUGUCUUCGUGGAUACACGCUACUUAUGAAAAGGAUCAUUAUUCGGCUAAAAUGGCAGAAAUGAGAGCUUUUUUGAAGUCAAAUUGUCUUUACCUUGCGGCCUCGAUCUGGCCCGCGGAAGUAAUUGGUUACUUAAUUGAGUGGCACAAGCGUUGCUUGAGUCUUUCUCCUCAGCUGAGUGAUCUAGUUAUCCCCGGAUAUCCCUUUGUCAAACAGUCAUCCUCCCUUGUGCAACAAUGGGAAGGCUUAAACUUCGCAAUGGAGAAGACAGUCGCCUGUGCUUGUUCAAGCGAUGACAACGUCGCCAUUUCACAGCCUCCAGAUAAAGUUGCUGUACGCAACACUCUUCUCAUCCACCUUCGAGAUUGUUUCAACGCUGCCUCUUCAAAUCUCCCCGAGGAUCCAGGGAUCAGGGAGUGGUAUCUGGGUGUCCUUCACACCAUGGUCAUGGCUUGCCCGGAGGCUGCAAAGGAAUUCUCUCUCAAAUUGCUUAUGAUGGAAUUCACCAGUUUGAGAUAUAACCCUAAGGCGCCAGUUCCUGCGGGUAAAUCUGCCCUUGUUCCGCCUUCCCAGUUGCUUAGUUUAAUCAAUCUCCGCUCUCCAGUUGUCCGAGAUCUCCACACAUCUAUUGGGAUCAAUAUUCUCCGUCUUGUUCGAUCGCAGCCCGCUGCCAUGCUACCAUAUUUUGAUUCCUUCUGUUCGGAGCUUAGUGAUAUUUGGACGAAUCGACAUGGUGGAUUGUCCGAGCAGUGUUUACUUCUUGAAGUGGUUGUCUUCCUUGCACUUCGUCUACCAUGCAGUUAUGCAGAACAAAAAGACAAGCUCUCAAGCAUACUUUCUGGAAUUCUUUCCGACUGGUCUAACCCGCAGAGCUUUCUUGUGGCUUUCAGUCUAGAAGAGAGUGAACAAGGAACUAAAGGAGGCCUACUUCAACUCCUUGAAUACUUUGGAUUUACACAAGACAUAGAGUUAGUUAAACGAAAUACUGAUUGCUUAGUCGAAAGGGAGGUGACUCGAUUACAGCUUCAAUGGACUUCUUCGGCCACAGCGUCUAUUUUGAAGAGACUUCGCGAGACACUUUCUGAAGAACAGUGUGAGAAUGUCGCUAUGCCUCUUAUUGAGUCACUCACCAGCCCAGCAUUCAAUUUGCUCAAAGUACUGCAUAAUCUAUGGUUGCCUGAGACACUUCAAAAAUGUCAUCCUUCUACGCAUUCGCUAUUUAGUGUAAAUCGCGCCGAUAAACUUCAAUUGACUAAAACAGAUCUCAAAAUUUCAGAUGUGAAACAGUCAGAUGAGGCGAAAACUCGCUUUCCAGUACUUCUCUUUUGUAACCGAAUAACAUCAGACUACCAGGAUCUGACGCAAACAUAUCCCUCUAAAUUACAAUCCUUUUUAGUUCAACUCUACACCAGCAGUCUAGAUAUUUGCAAAUCGAUAUUGAUGAUUUCUGCAUCAAAAAUCUAUGCUAUGUCAACUGAAAAAUUGGGCAACCUCCUUUGCAAUUAUCUCUGUCCUGAUUUGCUCGGAAUGCCGGACUUCAGGCAACUUCAACUUUUGCGUGGUAUGAUUAUUCCAUACGUCGAGUUCUGUCCAGCGCAGUACAUAGGCAUUGCCCUUGUUCCUCUUAUGCCCUACGUUCUUGAUGCCCUGUAUCAAAAGGUUAGUAAAAGUUGGGCUGCGGUCAAGGUUGCUGAUCAAGAUGAAGUUGACGAUGAAGAAGCUUUAGAGGAGAUUUUUACUGAAGAAACUGUCCGGACACUUGCGGCAAAAGUUCUCGACCUCACUCGUCUUCUGCUGGCAUUCACCGGUUCUGCUUCAAGGAAACCGACAGACUCUGCUGAAAUGGCAAUAGGUGGGGGGGCUGGAGAAUUUGAAAGUACAGAAAUGGACGAGGAACCAGAAGAUACCCAACAGCAGGAGAGCUCUCAAACAGGUUCUUUGAAUGCUUCCUUUGGACCGGUCGCUUCUUCUCUUUUCCUCUCCAAUACAAGUGGCGCCAAUGGAGAAAUGCUGUUGAGAUUCUCAUCAUGGUUGAUUGCGGCUAUUAGUUGGCCAGACAGCAAAGUCUGUGCUAAAGCUGCUCAAUUGUUGGUCAAAAUUAUCGACUAUGCCCUUCGCAGGUCCACUCCAAACACUGCCCUACUCCUACCGCCUAAUCUCGCAAGCGAAUUACUGAUUGGUGGAAUAAGGGCGUUGCAGAUCAAUGGGCACAAUCUCCCGGAUGUUGGUUCAGCUGUUUUCAAUUUAAUUGGUCGUGCGAUGCUGUUGAUCGAAGGUGGCGUGGAGGCGGCUAACCUGCAUCUUGCUCCAGUUCUUCUCUCCGCUUUAAAUAGUUGCCAAAACAAUGGACAAAAUAAUCAAUAUGUGGAUGACAUUAAGAAAUAUAUCCAAAUCGUCUUUAAUCCAGUCAAACCGCCUACAGAGAAGGUACUUAGAGAUCGAUCGAAGUCUCUACUUCAACCGAUUAUUGGAGUACCUGUUGCAGAGAAAUUCAAGGAGUCUCUAUCAAUCAGCACCCUUGCACCCCUCACUCGACCGAGUAUGAAUUCAAAACGAGGUCAGAGACGACGCGGAAGUGACGAGAGAAGUGAAAUUGUGGCCCUGGCAUUGGCAGACCUUUUCGGAGUGGACUGA